UCCUACAUUGUGUUCCAGGACAAAUACAAUCAGGAAAGAAAAAAACCUGUAGUUCACUCCUGCUUUGAUCACACUUAAUCAGAGAAGUGAUACUGGUAGGUGUGUCAGAUGCUCUGAGAAGGAAUUGGUGUUGUAAACCACCAAGAGGGUUUAGACAGAUCUGGAUCUUGGAGAAUCAUUUCCCUGGGGUGUCAUGGGCUUUCAACAAAAUGAAUUGAACUCUCUUGCUAAUGAACAUGCAGCUCAGUUUUGGGAAUGUAAAUUAGCUGGCAAAACACCUGCCAAAUCAAGUGUCUUAUCCUAGCGUAAUAGGUGACUAAAUACACAUUCCUAUGCUGGAGAUUUAUAUAAUCCUUUAGAGCACCGUGAGAGGAACAGAGGCUUUGGCAGACAAAGGAAAAGCUACGAAAGAGGAUGAACAAGCUGCAGAGACUGCUUCAGAACAAGAUCCUGAUCCUGACAAUAUGUGCUGCUGGGAUCGGAGGCACCUUCCAGUACGGUUACAACAUCUCCAUCAUCAAUGCCCCAGCCUCAUACAUCCAGAUGUUCAUGAACACGACCUGGCUGGAGCGCAUGGGAGUUCCCCUGGAGAGCAACGUGAUCCUGCUGCUCUGGUCCUUCACUGUCUCUGCCUACCCCCUGGGAGGCCUCGCUGGGGCUGUGGCUGCUGGUCCCAUGGCCAUCAUGCUGGGCAGGAAGAUGUCCCUGCUGUUGAACAACGUCUUUGUGAUCAUAGCUGCAACUUUGUCCGGCUUCAGCCGAAUGGCCAAAUCCUUUGAAAUGAUUAUGCUCAGCAGAUUUUUUACUGGCGUGAAUGCAGGUGUAAGCAUGAACAUUCAGCCCAUGUACCUGGCAGAGAGUGCCCCAAAGAAGCUCAGAGGAGCUGUGGCCUUGACCUCUGCAUCAUUUACAGCCCUGGGGCUGGUGCUGGGGCAGGUCGUUGGACUCAGGGAGCUCCUAGGAGGGGAGGAGAGCUGGCCAUUCCUUUUAGCAAGCAAUGUGAUUCCUGCCCUGAUCCAGCUCACAGCUCUGCCUUGGUUCCCUGAAAGUCCCAGAUAUCUUUUGAUUGACCGUGGGGACAAAGAAUCCUGCAUCUCUGCACUGCAGAAACUCAGAGGCACCAGUGACCUGAGUGCAGAGCUGGAAGAGAUGCUGGCAGAACAGGCUGCUGUGAAAGGCCAGAGAGCGAAGAACCCCUGGGAGCUGUUCCAGAAUCCAGCUCUGAGGUGGCAGGUGUUGAGCAUCGUGGUGCUGAGCAGUGCCAUGCAGCUCUGCGGGAAUGAUUCGAUGUAUUUUUACGCAGCUUAUGUGUUCAAAGAGGCUGGAAUUCCCCAGGACAAAAUCCCCUAUGUUGUAAUCGGCACGGGAAGCUGUGAGCUGAUCACUUCUGUCACUUGUAACAUGAUUAUAGACUACGCUGGUCGAAGGCCGCUGCUGCUGGGGGGAUAUAUCUUCAUGGCAGGAUGGGCCAUUGUCUUCAUGGUGGCUCUGAGCCAGCAGACUCAGAUUAGCUGGAUGCCUUAUCUCAGCAUGGCCUGCAUUUUCGCCUAUAUCCUGAGCUUUGGAAUCGGACCAGCCGGUGUAACAGGAGUUCUGCCCACAGAGGUUUUUGAUCAAAUGUCCCGACCAGCAGCUUACAUGAUCUGUGGCUCCCUGCUCUGGUUCAACCUGUUUCUGGUUGGAACAGCCUUUCCAUUCAUUGUGAAAAGUCUAGCACAUUUCUGCUACAUCCCCUUCCUUGUGGUCUGUGUCUGCACUGCCCUCUACGUUUGGUUUUUCCUGCCUGAGACAAAGGGAAAGUCCUUCCUGGAAAUCUCGGAGGAGUUCAGGAAACGGAACUUCAAAACUAAGACACGUGCAGGUUUCUAUAAAGGCCCCGAGGAGAUCAAAAUCACCACAUUGUAGCAGAAGAAUGGAAGAUGGUAUCUGGGGGAAUUCUGCAGUGAAUUCAGCAGUGCCUAUGUGUCCUUGCUGGGACACAAAGAGAGAAGUUAGGGACAAUGUAUUACUCUUACUGUUGAAAACAUACACUUGAACUGAUAAAUCCAAGCAAAAGUUCAAUAAUCUGUUUUCAGCUUUUAGUACUGAGUAACAUGUACAUUUUAGAAUCCAUAUCAGAGAGUGACGGGAUGAUGCCUUAUUCCCUUAUCAUUAUACAACACUAUGUAAUGCUUUAGAAAAUGCCUUCAGAAUUUCUCCAAACAGUAACUUCCAUCUCAGAAGUGCUUCUUUCCUUGCCCCUGAAUCUGGGCUUUCUAACACAGAAAUUAAUGCGAUUAAAUUCUGUUUUCAGACACCAGAUGAAAUUUUCAGUACCUCGUCUUGGUGCUCCUGUUGUUUCUGUUAUUAAGUGAUUUCAAAUAGACCCCUGCUUGUUAAGCAAUAGUGAGCAGUUCAUUAUUUUCAGCUAUAAGAACAUGUGACAGAUGGAUUAGAAAGAAAGCUUCUAGCACUUGCUAAGUGGCUUAUUAUACAACAGACUUUUGGGCAUUGUUUUGCAGAUUAUUUAUUCUGGACUGGUUUUCUUCAUGGCUUGCUUGUUGUCUUCCAGUUGUACGUUGGAAAGCACAAGUAAUUCUCUGGUCCAGUUUAUCCUGCUCCCACAGACACUGCUGGUGCAUCUUGAAGGGUUUUGCACCUGUGCUCUGCUGAGGUUAGGUGUGGUGAGGAGCUGGCAUAGCAGCAGUUUGUUUUGGAUGUGGAUCUUUAGAUCACACCACAAUGUUCUCUGCAGCAUGUCCUCGUUGUCUCUGUAGAGCACAUUGAAAAAGACCCAGAGGUGACAUUGAUUCUUUUUAGUUAACCUGAUACAGAACAGGGCAACACUCCUCAUUGAAUAUUGGCCUUUCACAGGCAUUGGCCUGACUGGUUAAGUUUCUUCCAGUUUCUUCUCAAAGUCAUGAGCAAGCCACCUCUUUUCUUUUGACUUUGCUUGUAUGAAAGUCACAAAGAAGAACACAUACAUUUUCAAAAUAAGUAGGUAAAACUUCUUUCAGUGUAUUUUCUAACUACAUUUUAAAGAAAAAUGCAGCAUUUUUGAAUAAAAAGACUGUAAACAUUUCUGGAGUGUAUUACUGUCAUGCUGGGCAUGAGUGGAGCAGCAGAUCUAUUUCUCAGAAGAGGUGUCUGUGCAAGAACUCUCUUUCACUACCCAAAGUUUGUAACAUAUGAAAAAUAAAAGUAAACUUUUUUUUCCUUUGUGGUUGCUGCUGUUUUAGAAGUCAUUAAUAUAUAGACAUGGGCAAGAGCACCUACCUCUGCUCUUGGAAAACACUGAGAUUUUGAACUAGGCAGGAUUUUGAGACAAGACCAUCAAGAGCAGAACCCCAUAGAACUGGGAACUGAAGAGAUACCUUUCAUUACUAUAGUUUGGAGAGAGCAGUGAGGGGCAGGUGGAAAGAGUGAAACACAAAGUCAAAGCAAAAAGUGCCACUACCAUCAUGAUGGUGGAAAAAUAUUCUGUCAUUCCUUUGGUGAGGACCAGAGGAAGGACAAGAGACAGAAGUGAAGCAGAGAAGGGUGAAGGAGGGAAGCUCAUCAGUGAAGAGCAUGCAAGUAGGAAGCAGGGAUGGACUGAGGAGACUGCCUGGGCAGAGGGAGAGGCCUGGCUCACCCUGCUUGAACAUACAGGUCAGAGAAGAGAGAAGCCCUCCAGUGUCCGGAGGUCCUCACCUUGGCCACUUCUGUGGCUAUUCCCGUGAGUCAGGACUGUGCCUUUUCCCAGAGCCCUGCAAGGACAGAGGCCAUCUGCACCCGCCAGUCUGAAACAGGCUUGGUCAGAAAUGAUACGUAUUUACUCGACUUCCUGACUUUUGGAGCCAGUCCUGUGAGUACAUGUGGUAGAAAACAUUUAUUCCAACUUCCAGUAUUUUCUUCUUGUUACCCUGGUUUUUCUGAGUUUUUUAUAGCCUUUUUGAUUUUCAUAAAUGGAGUCAGAUCUUUUUAAUUACUGUACAAUAUUAAGAGCAGUUCUACCUUUUUCCCACAGAUGUAACAUAAACAAAUCCUUUGUUUUUCAUUCUCUGUCCUUUGUUUGCGUAUUUCUAACCUGAAAACAAUUGUAACUGACAGUUGGUUUAGCCACUUGGCUGAGGGGUUAAAAACCCCAGAAGCCAAUCUUCUGCUAGACCCACAAAUGUAUAAAAAGUAAGAAAUAAAACAAAGAGGCUCUCUCUCCGCCUGGUUUCAGCUUUUGGGCCGGAUCGGAGAAACCUCUGCUCUGCAAAA